AUGCAUUUUAAAAAUACUGGAUUACAUCCAUUCUGGCCUCAUCAUAUACUAGCUAUAACGUCUGUAUCCAAAGAUAGACUGCAUAUAAAUAAAUCUUUAAAAGUAAAAAAAAAAAAAAACAGUUUUAUUUAUAUUACUCCAUCUCACACAUAUUCACACACAAACAAAAUGUCUUUCUAAAUAGUAAAAUUUUAACUUCUUGUCUUUAGAUACAGAGACAUUCCUAGCUUCAGUGAAAGGAAAGUGAUUCGUCUUAAUAAAAAUAUUAAAUUUAAAUCAGAGUUCUUGGACAUGCGCAGAACAAUCAAGACUAAAAACAAGCAUACAUAUUUUACAGAUGAACCUGAAACAUUUAUGUUGAAGAAAAGUAAGACCUUAAAUAAGGUACAGAAAUUCUUGCAAAAAGCAAAUGAAGAUGUGAAAAUUGGAUCUGAAGGUAGAGUCUAUCAUACUUCUACCAGCAGUGAUUCAGAUGAACAGGAAAAUGCCUCUCACUCAAAGAAUUUGAGUCUCCAAAAUUGUGACUUGCUAUAUCCUAGUUCAGAUAUCCAGGAACUUGAUAGUAUUGAAGAAAAAGGCAAAGAAAAGCUGAUAGGAGAAGAAGUUCCAUUAGGAAGAGAACUCAUUCCCCUGGAUAUUCCAGACUAUCUACAAAUGGAAACAGAAGGUGAAGCAAAUACUAUGAAAAAGAAGAAAAAUAAAAAGAUGCAGAAAUGGAAAAACAGAAAUGUGAAGUGCCUUCCUCACAAAAUAGCCAAUGAUCCUGAGCUGACUAAAUACUGGGCACAACGAUAUAGACUGUUUUCUCGUUUUGAUGAAGGGAUUCAGUUAGAUAGAGAGGGAUGGUUUUCCGUAACACCUGAGAAGAUUGCUCAACACAUUGCAGACCGUGUAAAGCUAUCCUUUGACUCUGACAUAAUAGUAGAUGCCUUUUGUGGUGUUGGGGGAAAUGCUAUUCAGUUUGCCUUGGCAGCAAAAAGAGUAAUUGCAGUUGACAUUGACCCUGGGAAGAUCCAACUUGCUCACAAUAAUGCCAUGGUUUAUGGAGUGGCAGACCAGAUAGAAUUCAUAUGUGGUGAUUUCAUGAAGCUGGCAUCCAGUCUGAAAGCAGAUGUUGUGUUUUUGAGUCCUCCCUGGGGUGGGCCUGAAUAUGCUGCUGCAGAAAUCUUUGAUAUUCAAACAAUGAUUUCUCCUGAUGGAUUUGAAAUUUUUAACCUGUCCCAGAAGAUUACCAACAACAUUGUUUAUUUUCUUCCACGUAAUGCUGACAUAGAUCAGGUAGCUUCCUUAGCUGGACCAGGGGGGAAAGUUGAAAUAGAACAAAAUUUUCUGAAUAACAGAUUGAAGACCAUAACUGCUUAUUUUGGAGAUUUAAUCAGACAAGAUGUAUCCUGACUUAUUUAUUAGUAAGCUGUUUAUUGGGAUAAAAGAGAUAAUC